AUGGCGCUAGCGCCGGCAUCCUCCGCCUGGCGCUGGCGCAGUCGCGCCGUUCCCCCCCGCACGCCGCCGCUUGCCGUCGUCCUCCGCUCUUCUUCCGGCGGCUACGAAGCUUCUCCCCGUGCGUUGCGUUGUUCGACGACCCCCGCUCGCCUCUCUUGGUUCUCGUCCCUCCCGGGCGUGAGCUUCCCGUCCUCUGCGACGGGGCUCAAGGGGAACCCCUCCCCCCUCCUCCCGCCACCUCGGGACCCUCAGGUAUGUGCCAGAUCCUUGCGGCUCAUCGUCUACGAACUCCGCCCCAUUUCCUCCCGCACUCCGCUUCAAUUCCGCACAGAGUAUUCUAUCAAAGUUAAAACCCUAUGAUUCAGUCUGAGAAAAUCUUUAUGAGAUUACACCACUGAGGACUUCUCCUGCCCCUGGAAUGCGCAGAAGCUUUCGGAGGAAGAACUCCGCAUGACAUGACAUUUUAGAAAGAUAUAUGCAAAAACAUCUAGAUUCUGAUAAAUUCAGUCUAAUUUCUGUUCUACUUGGUUUUGGAUGAGGCCCAGAAAGAUGCUGCUACUGAUCAUCCACCAGGGCCGUGCGAUGUGAUUAUGGAGAAAGUAGGAAGCCCCUUUGGCUAUUGAAUCCUGUGGGAUAUCAACUCCAAGUGCCCAGAUUCCACCAUGAGGUGCAUGCCAUGUUGAACGAAUCAGUGCUUCUGGCGGCAUGUUUUAUAGAACGUUUUUUGCUUGAAUUGGGCCUCUCACCUUAGAAUCUGCCUCAAAUUUUUUGGGAUAAUUUGUGCCUAAAGUAGUUAUGAACUGAGGGAUUUACUGAAGUCAAUUCUCUGUAGAUUUGAAUAAUUUUGCUACGAUUGUGGAAAGUGUCAUAAUUUUGGUGAAAUUAUCAUACAGUUUGUUCUUCUAUGAAAUCUUAAAGGAUCCUUUUGUAAAUGAGUUCCUGUGUAAUAUAUACUGGUCGAGCUAAAAUAUUGCAUAAAGUGGCAAUGAUUAGAUCUUAAUUUAUCUUUCUCCUGACUGAAAUUGUGUCACUAUUGUGGUAACUAGCAUACUUUUUGGCAAAACCAUCGUACCCUUUGCCCUUCUAUGGAACAUCCGAUGAUCUAAUCGAUUUUUUAUUUUUUAUUUUUUGAGCUGAAAACAUUGCCAUAAGCAGUAUUUAUCCUGAGCAAAUCGUCCCACUCCUCUGGAAUCUAUAAUACUUUUGGGUGAAAUGAUGAUGAUGUAGUGUAAACGAUUAUCUGCUUCAUAUGUUUUUCAAGCUAAACAUUGGCAAGAUGGGUCAUCAUCGGUUCUUCAUUCACCCUUCUCCUGCUCAAAUGCCGCAGCUGGGCAUCACGAGGGCCGCGUGGACUCGGAGGUCGCGGAGCGAGACUUCCAAGAAGCCGAACAGGAAGUCAUGGAAGCAGCGGACCGACAUGUACAUGAGGCCCUUCCUGUUGGACGUUUUCUUCUCCAGAAGGUUCAUCCAUGCGAAGGUGAUGCACAGAGGGACCUGCAAGGUGAUCUCAGCGGCCAGCACUAAUGCCGACGACAUGCGGAACUCACUGCCUUCCCUGGUAGAUGAUGAUGCUUGCAGGACCGUCGGCCGGCUAAUCGCCGAGAGAUGCAAAGAGGCCGAUGUCUUUGCAAUGGCUUAUGAACCGAGGAAGAACGAGAGGAUCGAAGGCAAGAUCGGGAUCGUCAUCGAUGCUAUCAAAGAGAAUGGCAUCAUCUUUGUGGAAUAG